AUGGCGUGCCCACGGCCGGUAAGUGUCUUUGUUUCUUUUAUAUUUUUGAUUACAUAUAAAUUAUGAAAAUAUAUAAAUAAUUAAAGGUUACUUCUUCAUUAUGAAGUGAAUUUAGGUUUCGAUCAACUAGGCUUUCCUUAUGAUAUAGGUCCUCAUUUUGUUGAAUUUAUAGAUAUAGUUUUUGACCUCGUGUUUUGCCGGUCCUAUAUUAAAUCUAUAUUUUAAUAUGAUAUACUGAUACACGACAUUUAAUAAAAAUGCUAAAAUAAAUUUUUGUAAACAACUGAGCAGUUGCUUUUAUAUGGAAGAGAAAAUAUAAUUAUUUAGACUUAUAAUAUUAUUUAUAACUGCUUGACAUAUUAUUUGCAUUUAUCAAUGUUAAAAAGUCCUGGGGAGGGGGGGAGGGGUGGGUGUUCGAAAUUUUCUUCAAGUUUUGUUUUUAGUCUUAGAAGGUGUUUAUAUGGAAGCUAGCCUGCAAACAGGCUCUUUGAAUUGAAUUAGAGCCUGCCGGUUUAGUCAAUAAAAAUGCGUCUGUGCCCAUCACUAUUUAUAGUGUUGUCAAUCAAAUGUAAAAUACAAUGUGACAAAUUAAUACAGACAUGCCUUAUGUAAUAGCCUGCGAGUAUAAACAAAACGCAUAUCUUGAUUUCAACGCACUUACAACAACAUUAAAACAACCCUGAAAUUUUCUGAAGUAGCAAUAGUAAUUGUGAAUUCACAUAAACACCGCAACGACUUGAGUUUGAACAACUACGGCGUACUAGAAUGCAAAUUAUAGUCGCCUUUAUCUUAGAGUAAAGAUGCUAUUGUUGAUAUAAGAACAUUGCCGUUGUAUUUGCCAAACUCUCUUAUAUAGUACAGCUAAAACAUCGUUUCCGUCUAGAAUAUUAUUAAGAGCUUUUGACUGUCCAUCCUUUAACUUUAAACAAAGAUUUAGUUUUCUAUACAACUUGUCGCUAUAGAAUGAUAUUUUCGAUUUGAAUCCAUUGUUGUGUAAAUUUAAUUACCUUUUAUGGCAGUAUAAUGUCGUUAAUUCAAUUUCAACCAAUGGAAACCCUGCGUCGUUCUAAGCAACGCACAGACGCGUUUUUAUUAGCUAGCCUGCAGGCUCUCUCUCAAAUUUCAAAGAGAGUUCAAAGAGAGCCUGUUCGCAGGCUAUAUGGAAGCAAGCCAGUGUAGGUACCCGGGCCAGGUUGCUUUGCUGGGAUUUAAAACAUCCCUAUGUAAUUUGUACUAAUUUAAUUUUGCGUUUGUAUGGGAACCGGCCAAGCUCGUCUAGGCAAGAUCUCACUUUGUAAAUCUAGGAUUUCAUCUAGGCAGUUUGGGGCUAGCUUGCCUAAGCGAGCUGAGUUUUGUUCAUAUGUUUUCAGAUCUGGAAAUAAUUCUAGCCUUUCUUGGAUCCUAGCCGGGGGGGGGGGAUUUUCUUUGAACACACUGUUAUCAAAUUUAGGUGGGGCAUUUUAUUUGAAAACUCUCAUAAAAUUUAGUUAAUAAUAAUAAUAAUAAUUACAAUAUUUAGUCAGGGGGUCCACUCACGAAAGUGAUUUUCAGUGGAGCCCUGAUAAAAAAUAAAAUAAAAGAAUAAAAAUAUCAAACUAACAAAAGUGAAUACAUGAAAAGUUAUAUCGUAUAAAGUUCUUGCACAUCCAAUUGGUUCGGUAGAGAGUCCUAUGGCUAUGUUGGUUUAAUACUUAGCAUUAACUGUGCUUCACAGCCUUCACUGUUAACAAAACCUAUUCAAUUAAUCAAUAAAUUGGAUAUUGGAUAAUAUUAAUUAAUUCUAUGUUACUAAUGUUAGCAACUUAGGUCUUCAUAGAAUAUUGAUCAAAUUAAAUUGUAAUAAAUGCUUAUAUUGUGUAAUAGCUUAUUACAGUUGUACUUAUAACUUAUAAGCAUUCAUUACUACCUAAUUUGUCAUUUGCAAGUUGUGUGAUAAAGAAAUUUAAGUUUCAAGGAAUAUUUUUUAUGUAUGCUCAAGUGAAAAAAACUUUUUCGAGACCGAUUGUGCAUCAGGUGAUAUCACUUAUAUCAGCGUUUUUAGUUCUAAGAAAAUUUCUUUAGAAUGGGAAAUUUUUUAACCUUUUUGUUGAUUUUUAUGGAUAUUUUUUUUAAAGAAAUUUUAAAACUUUCUGCCAAAGAAAAUUGAAAAUCUUUUCUAGCAAUCAAAACAUCAUCCACCACUAUUUCGAGGUCUGUAUGUUUUGGCGAAUAUAUCGUUGUAAGUCUGCCUCAUAUAGAUGCAAAAUGAAAUCAGUUUGGCAAAGCGAGCUAUCCCGGGUAGCCGGGUUGGCCUGGUCUCAUAUAAACACCCCCUUACAGUCAUAGAGAUAUUGUAACAGAAUCUCCCAUUCAACUGUCGGUAUCCUGAAUUUGAAAAACUAUUUUGCAGAUAAAGAAAUUUUAAUGAUUGUUAACUCUAAUAUCUUUAGCCAUUUUGGUCUGAUAUGUAUGCACAUAAUAUUUGAUGUUUAUUUUCAUUUGCAGGUAACCAUUGAUCUCACAAAAUCAGAAAGUGAAUCUCCAGUGAGUUGUGUUAAUUAUAUGGCGAUAAGCAGUCAGUUGAAAGGCAGUUGAAACAUUAAACUUGAUCAUGCAGUAAAAUUGUCUGCAUAAGACAGAGUGAAACAAUAAAGCAGGGUGCUUCUGUGUUCAUUGUAGCUUAAUGGAUUAAUUAUCCAGUGAAUAACAUGUACGAAGCAUUAGCUGUCUCAAGCUAAUAACAUACAUUUUCCUACAAUUAUGCUUCAUUGCUUAUUAUAAUUAGUUUUAAAAAAGACAGAUCUCUUGUUUGAUAACUUACAUAUAGUUUUCUCUAUACUUUAUAUGGUAGAAAUAUUAUUGCCUUAUUAUGUGACAUAUUAUUAUUGUAACUAUAUUAUUAUUGUCUUACUAAUGAUUGUGUCAUGGCAUGUGUUGUUACUUGUUAGGAUAUAAUUGAUUUAACGGAUUCAUUGAAGCAUCUCUCACCUAGCCCAAGCCCACCAAAGAAAAAGAAUAAAACUGAAAAGGUAAGUUAUUGCAGUAGGAGGACCGACCCCCACAAGGCACCACUUUGGUUUGCACUAAACAUAAAAUAAUUUCCUUUCCUUCCAGACCCUUUCUCUACCUCUUGUCAGACAAGAUUUUGUAAAUUAAUUUGACUUUUGGUAUUAAAAUAUUGUAUGGUAGUUUUGGAGAAACCUUCGGUAGAAUAAAACCUUGGUAAAUAGUUGGAUAUAGGAGCAACUUUUUACUAAAUAUAAAUGACAUGCUCAUAUUAUAUAUAUGUACUAUUUAAAGCACGCAUAGGAGUGUUUUAUCACAUAUAAAACACGACGCGUAGCGGAGUGUUUUAUAUGUGAUAAAACACGACUACAAGUGCUUUAAAUGGCUUCAAAAACGACUCAUCUUAUACGAGUUCAUUGACAUUGGCAAAGUAAUUUUUAAAAUAAACUUUGUCUAAACCGAGAAAAUCAAAGCUAAAGUUUAUGUAAAUUAACAUGAUUUUUUAUCACAUAUAAAACCACGACACGCUUAUGAUUUUUCUUUGUGUUUUCCUCCUGAAUUAUUAAUGAGUUUUUGAAAUAUAUCAAUAAAGCUUUAAUAUGAGCAUGUCAUUUAUAUAAAGUAAAAAGUUGACAUAGCUAAAGCUUUAAUAUGAGCAUGUCAUUUAUAUUUAGUAAAAAGAUGACUAGCUUUUGUUAAGGUACGUUUUGCCAUCAAAAAGGGAAAAAUAUGUGUCUUUAUUGUCCGUGUCUAUUGUAAUAACCGCUGAGAAAACCUGGUCACACUACAAAUUGUAAUAACCGCUGAGAAAACCUGGUCACACUAGACUUUUACUUGAACACUAAUCUCCUUCCCCCCAUAAAAUAUUGGAGUGUGUGCAGCCCACACCCCAUGCUGCCCACCUUUCUAGAAACCGCCUCACCUUAACAUCUUUCCUUUUAAGUGAGUAUAGCUACGUUUUGAAAGUAUCCUGUAAAUUAAACAUAUUUUUUAUAUUUUGCUCUUGUAGUUGUCAACUUUUUCCAAAUGCCUGUCCUUCACUGAUGAAAGUUAGGUGAUUGUUGUGCACAAGAAUUUAGAAUUCUUGUGUUUUUGUACAUUGGUAGUAGCAAUUGUACAAGUACAUGUAUCUCACUUUAUAUGAAAUGGGGAUCGCUCACACACAUGUGCGUUAUAUUACAAAAAAUGUAAUAUGUACUGUACCUGUACAAUAUAUUACAAUAAAAAUUGUGUAUGAUCUUUAUUUUCGUUACUUGUAGUGAACAAUCCCAGUUCAUCGAAGAACCAGACACCGAGUUCUACAAAGGUGAUGCGGGAUGCCCUAUAUAUAAGGCAUCUGCACCUUUUCUCCCUUCCAGUGAGGUAUGUGACAUCAUUCUCAAUCCUGGUGAAAAGAUCUGUACCAAAAUUCCACUUGGCUGCCGAAGGAACGCCACAUUCAUCCUUGAUACAACGUGUCACGACCACGCUGAUGAUUUUAAGGCAGAUGAUAACGGAUCGUUCCGCCAUCAUGGAACCAAGUUUGAGUUCAUUGAAAUGGAUGAUGACGGUGAAGUCACACGCAUCGAUAAACCGAUAAACCUCACACCGGGUCAAUACAAGUUGUCUCGUACCUACUGGGUUCAUAGCUCCACCAAGACCUUUAAAAGAAGAACCGUUACAUUAGAAGAUCACGAAGCGAAAGUCUGGCCAGUGAUUGUCCUGCAGUAUUCAAACACUGGAACAGAAGAAGAUGUCAAACUUGAACCGCAUAGGAACAGCAAAAAACGUUGUCAACCAUAUUAUGCCACUGCUACAAGCACAAAACAACGUAUUGAGGAAAAGGCCAAAUCAUCACUAGGACCAUCGUCAAUCUUUGAUGAGCUGUAUGAAGAUGGUGGUGGGAUGAUGGAGAGCUCUUCUUUUGCUUCGUUGCCACGGGGUAUUAGCCAAGUAAAGUACGAGAGGACGAAAUUGAGACGACAGCAUUCAAAAGAUACUUUAGCGGAACUGAUAGAACUGUGUAAGCAGUCAAAUGGCAAAUUCCUCCAUUCGUUGCAAGUCAGCCCUGAUGUGAGACUGGUUCUUGUUACUAAGGCACAAAUUGCAGAUUUGGUGAAGUUCUGUUGCAAUCCCAAAAAUUUUUCAGUAUUUGGCAUUGAUGUUACGUGCAACAUUGGCGAUUUCUAUGUUACUACAACAACAUACAGACAUUUGAUGCUGCUGGACAAGGAAUCCUGUGCCCAUCCAAAUUUCCCAGGCCCAAUGAUGAUACAUACUAACGAGGAUGCGGCAGUGUUUCAUUACUUUAUGAGCACAUUAAAGGGAUUGAACAGGGAGAUUGAGAACAUACUUUUUGUUGGAUGUGAUCGUCAAAAGUCACUUGAAAAUGGCCUGUCGCCAGAACUACCAAUAGCUCGAUUCUUGGCAUGCAAAAAGCACAUGGAGGAUAACAUCAAACGUGAAAGAUGA